AUGGACCAAGACGAUUUAUUCGGCGUCUUCGACGAGGCACCCAUAGAGAUUAACGAGCCUCCAGUUCCCAAGAAGCGUCAUAUUGCCGAAAAGGAUGCUCAGAGCAAAAAGUUGAAGCUGGAAACCAACAAAAAACCACAAAUCGAGAAAAGUUCCGAUGCGGACAAAAACGAAACCGAAAAUGAAAAUGGCGGUUUGACAAAGAAAGUCCAGCCUGUGUUGUCUGAUGCUUUGGAAAUAGAAGCCUCGCGAGAGGUUGUAGCUUCCAGUGGGCUUUUGGGACAACAGCAAGAAGCCCCCGGCCAUUUGAAGCUCCAUCAUCAAGUUCGUCAUCAGGUUGCAAUUCCUCCCGAUUACCCAUACGUACCCAUUGGAGACCACAAGAGAGCCAACGAGGCCCGCACAUACCCCUUCACUUUGGAUCCGUUCCAGGAUACCGCUAUUUCGUGCAUCGACAGAAAUGAGCUGGUUCUUGUGUCUGCGCAUACGUCGGCCGGAAAGACCGUGGUGGCAGAAUACGCCAUUGCUCAGUCUCUCAGAGAACACCAACGUGUCAUCUACACUUCUCCCAUCAAGGCCUUGAGUAACCAGAAAUAUAGAGAACUUUUGGCCGAGUUUGGUGACGUUGGUUUGAUGACUGGUGAUGUGACCAUCAAUCCAGACGCUGGUUGUUUGGUGAUGACCACCGAGAUUCUUCGGAGUAUGUUGUACAGAGGCUCGGAGGUGAUGCGAGAAGUUGCUUGGGUGGUUUUCGACGAAGUGCAUUACAUGAGAGACAAAAGUAGAGGGGUGGUUUGGGAAGAAACCAUCAUUCUUUUGCCCGAUAAAGUUCACUAUGUUUUCCUUUCCGCCACUAUCCCCAAUGCCAUGCAGUUUGCAGAGUGGAUUGUCGAUAUACAUGCCCAGCCCUGUCAUGUGGUGUACACAGAUUUCCGUCCAACACCCCUCCAGCAUUAUCUUUUCCCAGCUUCGGGAGAUGGUAUUCAUUUGGUGGUUGACGAAAAGGGAACUUUCCGUGAGGAAAACUUCCAGAAAGCCAUGGCAUCGAUCAGCGACAAUUCUGGAGACGACCCCGCCAGCGAUACUUCUCGAGGAAAGAAGGGACAGACCUAUAAAGGUGGACAAAAAGAUGGAAAACUGGAUAUCUACAAAAUCGUCAAGAUGAUAUACAUGAAGCGGUACAACCCUGUGAUUGUUUUCUCGUUUUCCAAGCGUGACUGUGAAUCGCUUGCACUCAAGAUGUCCAAGCUUGACUUCAACAAUGAUGAAGAACGUGAUGCCUUGACCCAGAUCUUCAACAAUGCAAUCAGCUUGUUGCCUGAAUCUGACAAGGAACUUCCCCAGAUCAAAAAUAUCCUACCCUUAUUGAAGAGAGGUAUCGGUAUUCAUCAUUCGGGCCUCUUGCCUAUCCUUAAGGAAAUCAUUGAGAUCUUGUUUCAAGAGGGUCUUAUCAAGGUUCUCUUUGCUACCGAAACGUUUUCCAUUGGACUUAAUAUGCCUGCAAAGACCGUAGUGUUCACCUCUGUCCGCAAGUGGGAUGGAAAGGGUUUCCGGUGGGUCUCGGGAGGAGAGUAUAUUCAAAUGUCUGGUCGUGCUGGUCGUAGAGGAUUGGACGAUCGUGGUAUUGUCAUUAUGAUGAUCGAUGAGAAAAUGGAGCCGCAAGUGGCUAAGGGAAUGGUGAAAGGUCAGGCAGACCGUUUGGACUCUGCAUUUCAUUUGGGGUACAAUAUGAUCUUGAACUUGAUGAGAGUGGAAGGCAUAUCUCCCGAGUUCAUGUUGGCACAUUCAUUUUUCCAGUUUCAAAAUGCUUCUUCUGUACCAGUUAUGGAAACUCAACUUAGGAAACUCACCGAUGAGAUUGAGGCUAUACACAUUGAUGACGAAAGUACCAUCAAAGAAUACUUUGAAAUCAACAAGCAGCUCCAACAAUACAAGGAGGACAUGAGACAAGUCAUUACCCAUCCAGGUCACAUUUUGCCUUUCCUUCAACCAGGAAGAGUUGUCAAGAUUAAAGUAGGCUCCGACGACUACGGUUGGGGUAUGGUGACGAGCUACCAGAAACGGAACAACAAGCGUAAUCCAUCCGAUACCUACAAAGACCACGAGCUGUACAUUGUCACAGUUUUUGUGUGCACGAUGUUUGUGGAUUCCCCAGUCAACUUGAUUAAGCCUUUCAAUCCCGUAUUCCCUGAAGGUAUUCGUCCUUCUAAACCGGGAGAAAAGUCAAGAGCAGAGUAUAUUCCUAUUACUCUUGACUCUAUACAAGCCAUUAGCAGUGUGAGGUUGAAGGUUCCCACUGAGUUCAAGCUGUCUAGUGCUAAGCGAAACCUCGUUAAGACGAUGAAGGAUCUUCCCAAGAGGCUAGCCGAUGGAAUACCAGAAUUGGAUCCGGUGGAGACGAUGAAGAUUGACGACGGAGAUUUCAAAAACUUGCUUCGCAAAAUUGAAGUGUUGGAAUCGAGACUCUUCAGCAACCCUCUUCAUGAUUCUGAGCGUCUCAAGGAACUUUACGACCAGUAUGACGCCAAGAUCAAGAAGGAAAACGAAGCCAACGAACUUCGUGAAAAGAUUUUGGAAACCAAAGCCGUGAUUCAAUUGGACGAUCUCAGGCAUCGCAAGCGAGUUUUGAGAAGAUUGGCGUUCACUACACCUGAGGAUAUCAUCGAACUCAAGGGAAGAGUUGCGUGUGAAAUCAGUACUGGAGAUGAGUUGCUUUUGACCGAAUUAAUCUUCAGCGGAACUUUCAACGAAUUGUCGCCAGAACAGUGUGCUGCUCUUCUUUCGUGCUUUGUGUUCCAAGAGCGUGCCAAGGAGACUCCCAGACUCAAACCAGAGCUCGCUGAACCGCUCAAAACUAUGCAAGAUAUGGCUACGAAAAUUGCAAAAGUGUUCCGCGAGUGCAAAAUUGAAAUUGUUGAAAAAGAAUACGUUGAGCAAUUUCGUCCUGAAUUGAUGGAGGUGACCCAUGCUUGGUGCAAGGGAGCUUCUUUCACGCAAAUCUGUAAGAUGACUGACGUUUAUGAGGGUUCACUUAUUCGGAUGUUCAAGAGACUUGAGGAAAUGCUUCGGCAAUUGGUGACGGCUGCAAAAACGAUUGGAAACCAGGCGUUGCAAGAAAAAAUGGAGAAGGCCACGGAAAUGGUACACAGGGACAUUGUUUCGGCGGGGCUGUUGUAUUUGUAG